CAAUAAACAGCAUGCGGUAAACGGCAUUAACAGCAUCACAAUGAGGUGCACAAUCGUUCUACUGGCUCUGGCAGCUUUUGGGGCAGCUCUACCCCAACAGCAGCCGAAACAACGUGCUGCUGAUCAAGAUCUUCUAAAGAAGCAACAAGAUUGUUUACUGUUGCUGCAACAGAUAACUCAAGAAAUCCCGAACGAGCAAUUGCAGAUCCUUGGUACUAAUUAUGACAUCCAAAACAACUACCAUCAAUAUGAAAAUCCAAUCCUCGUCAAAUACUAUGCAAAUGCUGUACGAGACGGUCUGGUUCAGCCAAAAGGCACUGUCUAUUCGAACUCCAUCAGCCAGCUUCGUAAGGAAGUUUCUCUCCUGCAUAGAAUCUUAUUAAGCGCCAAAAACUACCAGACAUUCUUGGCAACUGCUGCAUGGGCCCGUGUCCACGUUAACGAGGAACAGUUCAUCAAAGCUUUCAUUGGAGCCAUUCUUCAGCAUCCAGAAACGCAAAGUAUCAUCCUGCCGCCUCUGUAUGAAAUCAUUCCUCAGUACUAUUUCGAUGCUAGGAUUAUUCAAGAAGCACAGAACAUAGUACAGAAUGUUGCACAAGGUGUUCACUACAACCAAGUUGUAAUCCCUGUUAAUUAUUCCGCUCAACUGUCUAGCAGUGAACAACAACUUUCCUACUUCACGCAAGAUAUCGGUCUCGCUAAUUAUUAUGGUUACGUAAAUCUCGCUGAAUAUUUAUUGGAGCAGCAAAGACAGCAAACACCUGCGCAAUACCAACAACAAAGUAUUCAGAAUCAGGAAGAUCAAAUUGGUCAGGGAUCCGUUUACUAUUACCUUCACCAACAAUUACUGGCUCGUUACGAACUAAAUCGUUUGUCGAACGGAUUGGGCCCAAUCCAAAAUACUGAUUACGUCAACGUACAAGUACCAUAUCAACCGCAUCUUCGUAGCAUAAAUGGGCUCGAAUUACCUGGACGUCCUCAAAAUCUGCAACUCAGUCCCAACAAGAAUAAUCUUAUCCAGACUGUUAGGAAGAUUGAACAAAGAUUGAUUGAAGCUAUUGACUCUGGACAUGUUAUUACUCCGCAAGGCGCUUUCCUUUCUCUUUAUCAGCCGCAAGGUUUGAACAUUCUUGGAGAACUCAUCCAAGGAACUGGCAGAAGUGUUAAUCCAAGAUACUAUGGCAGUCUUCAAGCCGCCGCACGUCAACUUCUCGGCAAUGCUCCCGAAACGCAGAAUAUUUAUGAUUAUACUCCUUCUGUUCUGGAAUUGGGACAAGUAGCUGUUCGUGAUCCAGUUUUCUAUCAACUUAAUAAGAAUGUUAUCCAAUUGUUCACACAGUAUCAGAACUCUUUGCCCGCUUACCAAUACAACGACAUUCUUUUGCCUGGUGUUACCAUUCAGAAAGUUCAAAUUAGUCCAUUAGUGACUCUUUUUAACGAUUAUUAUGUCGAUCUCAAGGGAGCUGUGCAACAACAAGUUGAUCAACCACAGCAAGUUCAACAACAACACAUCAAGGCUCAAGUGAAAAGAUUAGAUCAUAAACCAUACGAGUAUCAGAUCACUGUUCAGAGCGAGCAGAACGUCCCUAGUGCAGUUGUCCGCGUCUACUUGGGACCGAAAUACGACUACUAUGGCAAACCCAUUAGCAUCUCUCAACACAGACAUCAAUUCGUGGAACUCGACCAAUUCACAACUGACCUUCAUCAAGGACAAAAUAUCAUUGUAAGACAAUCCCAACAGGCACCAGGCCAGAGUUUCGAUUACCCAUCUGUUCAAGAAAUUAAGCAGGCUGUCAAUAGUGCCACUCAUGCUCAAGAACCAUACUACAUUACUGAAUCACACCAGAUUUUCGGUUUCCCAGCAAGACUGGCUCUUCCUAAAGGUCAACCUGGUCAAGGAUUGCCAUUUCAACUAUUAGUUGUGAUCUCUCAAUUAGGAUCACAAAAUGUACUCUAUGAUCCGGUGGUUCCGGAACAGUAUCAAACUUACCAACAGGACGAAUAUCAAGUAAUUGGUACUGAGGACUAUCAACAGAUUCAGCAUCAAGGUGCUAAAGUAAUUGGUGCGAAACAGACUGCGGAGGUUGUACCAGAAACUCUGUCAAUCAAUCAGCAAGAGAAUCAAGAUAUAAGGAACCAUUAUGUUAACCUUUAUACUCAACAACAUGGGCAAUACCCAUACACGUACUCCCAGUAUCAAGUAGGUCAAGGACAGAGACAGGGACAGAAUGUCUACGGUGUCCAAAAGCAGUACUACGGACAACAAGGACAACAAUGGCAAUACAGGCAACAAGGACAAAACAUCCAAGAACAUCAACAAUGGAGUCAACCUCAAAGUAUUUACCACCAAGAACAACAGGGACAGUAUCAACAGUACCAACAGGGCCAACAAAGUACGGUAGGAUUCCAAGGUGAAGUACCAGCUGGUGUACAUGGUUCACAACAGAGUAUUCAUGGAGUACAAGGUGUCCAUGGUGUCCAAGAUGUACAAAGUGAACAUGGCAUACAAUAUUCUGGAGUAAAGGGAAAUCAAGGCCUCUUCAACAGCAUUCAAUCUGGAAUUCAAAGCAAAUAUCAUUUCACUUAUCAAGGACAAAGUCAACAACAUCAAGGACUUGGUGUAGGAUAUACCGGAUAUAGCGGGCAAUACCAUGCCGGUGGUUUCCAAGGCAUCCUGAGUCAGGGACAAAAAACGCAGGAUGCAAAUGUCAACAAAUACUAUCAAAAUAAGCACAUUUCUGAAAUCAUCGGUGGCGCUAUCUCUCUUGAUGGUAAACCUCUUGGCUACCCGUUGGAUAGACCUUUGACUACCGGUGCUCUUUCCGUGCCUAAUGUUUAUGUUCAAACUGUCUACAUUUCUCAUGAAGGUCAACCCAUUAAUGAAGUAAAUCAUUGAAAUGUUUCUUAAAAAAAAAA